AUGGACCUCAUUCUAAAUCCGCCAUCCGCUCCCUCACCACGGAAGCCCUCCCAAGACAUCCCUACAAUCUCCGCAUCACAACUACCCAUACCGCUCUCCUCGCAUCUCCGCACCCACAACUCCGCAGUACCCGGUCUAUAUCUCACCCACAAGAACGGAUAUUACACCGGUGGACCGGGACCCUCGCCGCAUACGAUCCAGGAGUUUGCAGAUCGAUUCAUACGAGAGCACGGUAUCGAGGAUGCGGGGCAGUUGGAGAGGGUAGUGGAAGAUGUGGUGAGGAGUAAGAUGGAAGAGGUCAAGGAGCGCAUGGGGAAGAGGAAGGAGGUUGUGGAGAAGAAUAAGGCGGUGGAGAGGGAAUUGGAGGAUCUAAGGUUGCAACGGAGUGCUGAGUUGAGGGUUAUGGAGAGGGUCAAGGGGAAGAAGCAAUGA